AUGAACAACUCAACUGCAUCUUUUACUGCCGAUAAUAUUGGACUCCAGGUCGGUCAAAAUCCUGGGCAGAUUAAUAGUCAGUUUUACUACAAUUAUUACAAUCAAUCUGAUGAUUCAAAAAUCAAAGGUGAUCCUGGUAAAGGCAAGACAAUGCUAAUUUGUGGUAUUGUUGAUGAGCUUUCAGAGAAAGCUACGCAAGACAAAAUUAAUAUUGCCUACUUCUUCUGCCAAGCCACCAACAAUCGUAUCAACAGUGCUACAGCGAUUCUACAAGGACUUAUUACUAUGCUUAGGAAGCAACAGCCUCUGCUCCAGACCCAUAUUCCUGCGAAGUUUCUUGACAACGAGAAUAGAUUUCUUGAAGAGGAAUCAUCAGAUUAUCAACAUGUGAAAUGGAUUGUCUCAAGUCGAAACUGGCCGAGUAUCGAAAAAUAUCUCGAUAAUACAACAGAAAUCAGACUUCACCUUGAGCUGAAUGAAGAUAAUCUGGCUGCCGGUGUUGACUACUUCAUCAAGAAUAAAGUAGAGGCGUUAUCAAGAAAGCAUGAAUACAGCAAAGCAACAAGAAAAGCUAUUGAGGAUCAUCUUGUACUCAAUGCAAAAGGAACAUUUCUCUGGGUAGCUUUGGUUUGCGAGCAACUGAAAGAUGUUCCCCCUGAGUACAUCCAAGCGGAACUUGCAACGUUUCCCCCGGGGCUUGGCAUGCUAUAUCAGCGAAUGUUGGCCAACAUCAAUAAGCUAAAAUAUGAUGCUAAGCACUGCACGUCUCUACUUGGGAUUGUAGCCACUGUCUACCGUCCUAUCACAUUGGAUAAGUUAUCAUGUUAUCUCAAACUACCAAACAGUUCGACAAGCGACAUAGAGUCUGAUGAUAAGUGCCUAAUCAAAUAUCUUGAAAGGAUUGCAAGAAAUUGUGGUUCUUUUCUUGCUCUUCGAGGACAUACAAUCGCACUGAUCCAUCAAUCUGCGCAGGACUUCCUUCUCAAAGAGGCCUCCCAAGAAAUUGCUCCGAAAGGUGUGCGAAAAAUACACUACUUCAUCUUCUCGAGGUCUUUACAAGCACUUCACAAAACAUUACGGCGCAAUAUUUACGAGCUCGAUGACCCUGCAAUUACAACUGAUCAGAUCACGCAGCCAGAUACAGAUCCACUACAAUCCAUACGAUACGCAUGUAUUUAUUGGGUUGAUCAUCUUAAAGACUAUACUCGAGACGAGAUACCAAGCAAAGAAACCGGUGAACAGCUCCGGGGCACAAGUUUAGAGCGCAUAUUCUUUCAUCGUAAACCUUUUCAUUUGCUUCAUAAUUUCUGUCGGUUGAAAAGCUUCUUCGAAAAAGCGAUCUUGAUACUCAUCUUUGGAAAAGAACAACUUCGAAAGAAGAUUCCAGCCGGACGAUUGAUGGCAGGACUGCAAGGCGUGACUUUACCUAUGACCAUAUACCGAACUUUCAUUCAACAUCUGGGAGCUUCUAGCCUACUAAGAGGCCUAUUCAAGACAGCCAUUUCAGUACGAAGCCUCAGAAGCCGACUCUUUCGAAGAGAAGAAAAACGCAAACAAAGUCAAAGCUUGGUGCACACUACUUUGCUUGAAGAUUUUUUCUGCCAGGACUUUCUUUACUGGUUGGAAGCUCUUACACUACUAGGUAAUCUAGCUGAAGGAGCGACAGCGAUGCUGAAACUUGAAAGAUUAAUAGAGACAAAGGAGGAAUAUGAAGUACUACAUAAGAGGAUUCGAGAUGCAUACCGCUUUAUCAUAUAUCAUAAGCCGAUGAUAGAGGAUUAUCCACUUCAAGUAUACACCUCAGCGAUAUUCUUUAGUCCUCGGAGCAGUAUCACAAGGACUCAAUUUGAGUCUGAGGAACUAAGAUGGAUGAACGCCAGGUCAAUGAUAGGCGAGAGCUGGAGUGCCUGCCUGCAGACGCUCGAGGGCCACGGUGGCUGGGUCCAGUCAGUAGUCUUCUCGCAUGACUCCAAGCUGCUAGCGUCUGCUUCCCACGAUAAUACCGUCAAGCUAUGGAACGCCGCCAGCGGCGCCUGCUUGCAGAUAUUUAAGGGCCACAGUGGCUCAGUUCACGGCGCCUCUCUGCAGACACUUAAGAACCACAGUGGCUGGAUUCAGUCAGUGGUCUUCUCGCAUGACUCUAAGCUGCUGGCGUCUGCUUCCGACGAUAAGACUAUUAGACUGUGGAUUACUGUUAGUAGUGCAUGCCUGCAGACGCUCAAGGGCCACGGUAGCUGGGUCCAGUCAGUAGUCUUCUCGCAUGACUCCAAGCUGCUGGCGUCUGCUUCCCGUGACGAGACUACACUCAAGGACCACAGUAGCUUAGUCCAAUCAGUGGUUUUUUCACAUAACUCCAAGCUUCUAGCAUCUGCUUCUUACGAUAAGACAGUUAAGCUGUGGGAUGCAGCCAGCGGUACCUGCCUGCAGACACUUAAAGGCCACAGUAGCUGGGUUCAGUCAGUAGUCUUCUCGCAUAACUCUAAGCUGCUGGCGUCAGCUUCCCAUGACAAGACUGUUAAGCUGUGGAAUGCCGUUAGUGGUGCAUGCCUGCAGACGCUCAAGGGACACAGUGGCUGGGUUCAGUCAGUGGACUUCUCGCAUGAUUCCAAGCUGCUGGCGUCUGCUUCCCGCGACGAGACCGCACUCGAGGGCCACAGUGGCUCGGUUCAGUCAGUGGUCAUCUCGCAUAACUUUAAGCUGCUGGCGUCCGCUUCCCGCGAUAACACUGUUAAGCUGUGGGACGCCGCCAGCGGUGCCUGCCUGCAGACGCUUAAGGGCCAUAAUGGCUGGGUCCAGUCAGUGGUCUUCUCGCAUAAAUCCAAGCUGCUGGCGUCUACUUCCUAUGAUAAAACUGUUAAGCUGUAG